AUGGAGAGAUCAGUCCAAGGUAAUUCAGAGCAGAGGACAGAAACAACUGUUGAAGAUAGCCUGGGUACCGCUUACCAAGUAACACAAAUCUCAAGAUUAGCAGAUGAUUUGCCUGGAAUGAGGAGUAUGGUUUUGAGGAGUACAAAUAGUGCGGGAGAAUCGAUACGAUAUGAGACUUACGUUUGCAAUGAUGGGGAAAUUACCGAUGAAGAUCUUCUAGGGUAUUUUCAUACUGACAUAACGAACCCAGAGAGGUACCUUCCAUGUAAUGGAAUUCGAAGGCAUUUGCCUGCUGCCAGACCGAUUUUGUUUAUGACUAAUAACCAGAUCGCCUUUCCACUUUAUGCAGAUUUAGUUAAUCGAAGUCGUUCUAAUGGAUGGGAUGUGCGUUUAGAAUUAGUAUAUGAUCGUACCGUUCCACCAACGAUUACAGCCCAAGAAGCCGCUGAAAUUGUUGGAUUACCCACCACAUCCCUUGACAGAAGUGAUUAUCCUGAAAUAAUCUGUGCAAUUUGCCUUGAAGUUUUUGAAGAUGACAAUGACGAAAUUAAGCAGUUGGGUUGCGGCCAUAUAUUUCAUUACCAGUGCAUUCUUAGAUCUACUCAAUUGCAACCUCGGUGUCCCAUCUGUCGCCGUCAAUACGACAGCCCCCCUAUCGAGUGA